AGGAGGGGCGAGGAAGAGGAGGAGGAGGAGGAGGGAGUUGAAGCAGGAAGGAAAGCAGGCAAGAGAGGGAAGGGAGGGAGGCUGUGAAUGCUAACAAGCCCCUUCGUAGCUCUGUAGGUAGGGGUUUUUUUUUUGGUGAAGAAACAUCUUGCAAUGGAGAGGAACGACGACCACUACUAAAAAACACAGUCCUACUAUGCGCCACAGCCGCGUCCGCCCUGUGCGCCCGCAGCAGCAGCAGCAGCAGCAGCACCGUCGUCGGCACGUCUGAACAGAAAAACCGUCGUUUUCCGCUCAGUGAAAUGUAUCGCGACUGCCUUGGAUUCACAUUCUGACAAUGGAGAUUGAAAAUAUCGUGGCCAACACGGUUCUCCUGAAGGCGAGGGAAGGUGGAGGAGGGAAGAGGAACGGCCGCAGCAAGAAAUGGAAGGAGAUGCUGAAACUCCCACACAUCAGCCAGUGUGAGGAGCUACGCCGCAUUAUUGAGAGAGACUACACCAGCCUAUGUGAGAAGCAGCCCAUUGGUCGGCUAUUAUUCCGUCAGUACUGUGACACAAGGCCAGAGCUGAAGCGCUGCAUUGAGUUUAUGGAUGCCGUGGCCAUGUACCAGCUAGCUCCUGAUGAGAAGAGGAGGGACUGCGGACUGAAUGUUUUAGACACAUACUUUAAUAAUGGGUCGGCCGCCCAUCUGCCUGACAUUCCACAGGAUGUCGUCGCUGGGUGCCGGGAGAGGUUAGAGCAGAGUCCGUGUAAGGAGCUCUUCAAUGACUGCACCAAAAUAGUUCGUGAUUAUCUGAGUGGAGCUCCAUUUUCCUCCUACCAGGAGUCCAUGUACUUCUCUCGCUUCCUGCAGUGGAAAUGGUUGGAGAGGCAACCAGUAACCAAAAAUACCUUCAGACAUUAUAGAGUACUUGGAAAAGGUGGAUUUGGCGAGGUUUGUGCCUGCCAAGUACGUGCCACCGGUAAGAUGUACGCCUGUAAAAAGCUGGAAAAGAAACGAGUGAAGAAAAGAAAAGGUGAAGCAAUGGCACUAAACGAAAAACGCAUUUUAGAAAAAGUUAACAGUAGUUUUGUAGUUAGUUUAGCUUAUGCCUAUGAGACCAAGGAUGUGCUGUGCCUGGUUCUGACCAUAAUGAAUGGCGGUGACUUAAAGUUCCACAUCUACAACAUGGGCAAUUCAGGCUUUGAUGAGCAAAGGGCCAUUUUCUACGCUGCUGAGAUCUGCUGUGGCCUUGAGGACCUGCACCGUGAGAGGAUAGUCUACAGGGAUUUGAAACCUGAAAACAUCCUCCUGGAUGAUCGUGGACACAUUCGAAUUUCCGACCUGGGCCUUGCUGUUCAAAUCCCAGAAGGGGAGACGAUACGAGGGAGAGUGGGCAGUGGAUACAUGGCUCCUGAGGUGAUCCAGAAUGAGAGCUACACCUUCAGCCCAGACUGGUGGGGGCUGGGCUGCCUGAUCUUUGAGAUGAUCCAGGGCCAGUCGCCCUUCCGCAAGCGUAAGGAGCGUGUCAAGCGCGAGGAGGUGGACAGGCGAGUGCGUGAAGACCAAGAGGAGUACUCCGAUAAGUUCUCUGAGGAGGCGAAGGACAUCUGCAGACAGCUCCUGGCCAAGGACCCUAAGGAGAGGCUGGGUUGCCAGGGCCGCGGGGAUAGAGUCAAGCAGCACCCCAUCUUCAGAAACAUCAAUUUCAAACGGCUGGAGGCCAACAUGCGACCUCCCUUCAGCCCAGAUCCUCGGGCGGUGUACUGUAAAGAUGUCCUGGACAUUGAGCAGUUCUCCACUGUCAAAGGUGUCAACCUUGACCCCACAGACGACGACUUCUACAAAAUUGUCACAGGCAGUGUCUAUCCGUGGCAGAACGAGGUACUACAGCAUGAAUGCUUCAAAGAAAUUAACGUCUAUGAGACAGACGGGGAAAUCUGUGCUCCGACCUGGACAUGAAGGCCUAACUCCACCAAAGAAGGCUUCUUCUACCGCCUGUUCAGAAGAGAGGUCUGUUUUAAGAGCGGUUACAGUGAUGAUGAGAUCGAGGAGCCCUCACGACUUUAAACCACUUCCUCCACCUGCACCCCUCCGCCGCAGAACUUCACCACAAACUCCAACCGAGCGCAAAUCUUAGGGACUCAGUGAAUGUUGACCUGUAUUUCUGAGCUGUAUUAAAAGUGUAUUAUAAUUAAAGAAAAAAGUAUGAGUUUAAAGAUUUUGUACAUUUGUACUUGAAUUUAUGUCUAGAUGUAUAUUUUCACUAAAGGUUGUAUUGUACAAAAAGCCAUAAAAGUACCACUUGAAUGCAUACAUUACGUUUGAAUUUCUUUUAAUUAUUUUUUUCUUUUGGAAUGAGUAUGGAUAAUGUGUAUUGGGGAGUUUUUUUUUAAGAAGCACAGUACCAGUAGUCUUUUUAUUUUCCUCAAUGUAGCAUAAGGCCUUUUUGUUUCUAUAUGUGCUGUAUGUUUGUCAUUGAUUGGGCCAACGUGACGUGUUUUUUAGCACAUCAGCUCCACCAGGUCCCAAACUAACCCUUAUUUAGCCUCUUUAGGCCUCAAGGCUCAGAUAGAUCUGAAUGAAGCACGUAGAUCCAAAUAUGGGGAAAAUGGAUCCAAUCUAUCAUUGC